UGUAAGCUUGUUCUAUCCAUCCGCAGGGUCAGUCCACGAGAAAGAGGCGGCGGGGUCACUUUUCGAGCGCAUCUAACGCGCAGCGUCUCACUGAUGUCCACCAAACCGGCGAAGACUUGUUUCGGCUGGACAUGAACUCUGAAGGUACACGUCGGUCUCAGAGCAUUCAUGAUAAGAGUCGGCGCGUCUCCUUCUCCUUUCCCAUCCACGUGAGAAGUUUGACCGGAGCUGGCUGAACGGAGGAUACCUGUGUGUUCCGAUCGGCUGUUUAAUCUUUGCGGCUCCAGCAACCGGACUGGUUGUUUCACAGGACACCGAGGGUUGCAUGCAUCAGUGCCAAGAAAUUGCAUUACGUGGGAGACUUCUGCUAAGCAGACACACAGACGUUUCAGGAGGAUGGCAGCUGAGCAAGGACGCACACAGCGGAACGGACGCAGUGACGCUGCAGCCAGAGAACCACGCUCCUCUACCUGCACCAGCCUGAAGAUGUUUCUGGUGGCUUUGUCCUUUGCCUAUUUUGCAAAGGCUCUGUCGGGGAGCUACAUGAAGAGUACAAUAACUCAGCUGGAGAGACGCUUUGACAUCCCUAGUUACCUAAUAGGUGUCAUUGACGGGAGCUUCGAGAUAGGUAACCUGCUGGUAAUAGCUUUCGUCAGCUACUUUGGGGCCAAGCUCCAUCGGCCAAAGAUCAUUGCAGUGGGUUGUGUGCUGAUGUCCAUUGGCACCUUCAUCAUUGCUCUGCCUCACUUCAUCAUCGGACGCUAUGAAUUUGAAACAUCUGUGCGGUGGGUAGUGAACUCAACACUAAACCCCUCUCCUUGUCCAGUGGGCUCACCAGCAGACGUGGCCCAAGGUGGUAAACUGCCUGUAGUGCCAGCCACAAGUUGUGAAAGCGAGUCCAACCUGUCAAUGUGGAUCUAUGUGCUCCUGGGGAAUGUCUUGCGGGGGAUUGGAGAGACGCCUGUUCAGCCACUUGGGAUCUCUUAUAUAGAUGAUUUUGCUACUGAGGAGAAUGCUGCGCUAUAUGUUGGCUGUGUGCAGACCAUCUCAGUGGUUGGCCCUGUGUUUGGCUACCUUUUGGGCUCCCUUUGUGCCAAAAUCUAUGUGGACAUUGGAUUUGUAAAAAUGGAAACUAUCACCAUCACCCCAGCAGAUGCCCGCUGGGUGGGCGCCUGGUGGCUGGGCUACCUCGUAGCUGGGGUCAUCACCCUGCUCUCUGCCAUCCCAUUCUGGUUUCUGCCCCGCUCCCUGCCCAUGUCCGGGCCCCAGGGCCCAGAAAAGUGUACAGCAGAGCAGACAAGUUUUAUUAAAGACUCCCCUCUUUUAAAGCACAAAUAUCCUGCAGAUGACAAUACUAGUUUCAUAGAGAUGGCCAAAGACUUUAUUCCAACCCUGCGAACUCUGCUGGCACAUCCUGUGUAUUUGAUCUACCUUUGUGUGACAAUCAUUCAGCUGAACUCCCUCAUUGGCAUGGUCACCUACAAGCCCAAGUACAUCGAGCAGCACUUCAGGCAGUCUGCCUCAAAGGCCAACUUUCUGAUGGGUGUGAUCAAUAUCCCAGCUGUGGCACUGGGGAUGUUUUCUGGAGGUUUACUGAUGAAGAGGCUAAAGCUGAAUAUCAUGGGAGCAGCCAGGUUUGCCUUUGGCACAUCUCUGAUCGGUUACUUCCUGUCACUGUUCUUCUUCGCAAUGAGCUGCGAGAAUGCCAAGGUAGCUGGGGUGACACUUUCAUACAACAGUGUGGAUACGAUAUCUUACGAUAAACACUCGGUGUUCACAGCCUGCAACUCAAACUGUUUUUGUUCAGCGAGUGACUGGGACCCGGUCUGUGGAGAGAACGGCAUCACAUAUGUUUCUCCCUGUCUUGCCGGCUGCACCAGUUCUACUGGCUCAGGAAAAAACACAGUAUUCUCUAACUGUAGCUGUGUCGGUGUUGCUGGUAACUUUACGGCCAGUACAGGUCAGUGCCCUCACACGGACGACUGUGACAGGAUGUUCCCGUACUUCCUGGCUCUCUCUGUCAUCACUUCCUUUAUCAUCUCCCUCGGGGGGACACCAGGCUACAUGCUUCUCAUCAGGUGCAUCAAACCACAGUUAAAAUCUUUGGCCUUGGGUUUCCAUGCUCUGGCAACACGCACCCUUGCGGGGAUCCCAGCACCCAUCUACUUUGGAGCAAUCAUUGACACCACAUGUCUAAAAUGGGGUCAGAAGAGGUGUGGAGGCAUAGGAGCCUGUAGAAUCUACAACACCACCGCCUACAG